AUGAGUUAUAGGGGCAUUGAUGCACCGGAGCUUAAGAUGCCGUAUGGAAAGGAAGCAAGGAAAGAAUUAAUGAAGCUCAUUGGUGGGAAAAGUGUCACAAUUUAUGUUUAUGAGCAAGACCAAUUUGGACGCUACGUGGGUGACAUCUAUUGUGAUAACAUGUUUAUCCAGGAGCAAAUGCUGAAGUGUGGUCAUGUUCAUCAUUUCAAGAAGUACGACAAACGCCCAGAGUUUGAAAACUGGCAGAAAGAGGCAAAAUCUACAGGCCUAGGACUCUGGGCAUCAAAGAAGCCCCCUCAGAAGCCAUGGGAUUGGAGAAGAAACAAGCGAUAUGCAAGACACAGUGCCAUUCAGGUUUACUGA